AUUCAUUGUAAUUAAUUGAAAUAUAUUCAAACUAUGCCAGACACCAGAAAGCGCUACAAUUCUCCUAGCUGUGCCGGCGAGAAGAACAAUUCCGGACUCCUGACGCGUCCAAUUUAUAGCAAAAGUGGAGGCGCUGGCAGGUGUAGACUUUUAAAACCUAAUCUUAGCCAAACUAAAGGAAAUCCUUUGCCUAGCUCCAAGCUUGUUGGUCACGGGAUUUCUGAUAAGUAUUACAGUGUUUUGAAUAGCUCUCGCUAUGAUGCACAAUUUGGCAAGGCAGCUGAGAUGAAAAUCCUUAAAAUCCCAAGUACAGUAAAGAGAAAGAAAAAUCGUUGCGAUGUUGGACUUACCCGCCCCAAUUCCAAGGAGUUGCUUCAAUCAAAAUGCGUCCCGGAUUUUGGCAUAUAUCUGAAGGCAUUUGCACUGAUCUACAUACUGCCCGAGGAGGAUUGGCUACCCGAAAAUAUUGGACGACUGCUGGCUGAGGGUGAGGAGUUAUUUGACGCCGACACUGACGGAGAUUAUGCCGAUGGACCGAUGCACGAAUCCGGCAUUUACAUCAAGCGCACCUUUAUGCUGGGUGGACACAAUUUCACAUUGGAAUUGAGACCGCCCUGCCAGCAACAUCGAUUUCCACACAUUAUCAGCAAUCUGAAGCCUGUGCUCCAAAACUUCUUUCGCACCUCGCAUUAUUGUAUGUUUCACCAUAGAGGGUUUCACUUGCUCAUCUGGCGACGGCGCAAACUCUUCUUCAUUAUGGAUGUGCGCAGACGACACGGCGAUGCUGUGAAUAGUUUGCCGCAUAGAGUUGAAAUGUUGUCCUGCCUGCAGACGCUCGACAAUGUCGUCUAUUUGCUUGCUAAUCUGAGUGACUGCAAGGGAUGCGAUGAGUUCGCCCUGCGUGAGCUGAUCGUGAGCCGACUGGUCACUCCCGAUGGACGCACCUUUCUACGAAACCACAAUCAAAUCUCCACGGAGUAUAGUGUCGUCAAUAAGAACUAUGCCUAUCUCAAGAGCAAUUUGCAUCUCUCGCUGAAUCCGGCGAACAUGCUGCGCAAUGGCGGCAGCUUGAUUGUGGGUGUGACUGGCAUAUUGGCAGCCAACAUCGAGCAUCCUGCCUCGUGGAAUACGAGCACACUGGAUCGCAUCAUCUGCUUUGGGUUCGAUCUCUAUCGCAGUUGUUGGUGCCCCAAUGCGCAGGAUUGUUCGCUCUGUUCGCCCAUUGACCUGGACACAUUUCCCACACAGGUGCGUCUUGGCCAGUUUGUGGCCGAGAUCAAAUUGCUGCCCGAGAUGUGGAGCGGAUCAUGGCGAGGGAGUCUCACUUACCUGGACAUCGAUGGUUCAAGCAAGAUACGCCAGGUGCUGAAGACAUACGGCAACGCACUGUUCCAGAUCAAUAGUCAGAUCUACACACUUUGGUACAGAGACGACAAUUACUAUUUACUCGAUCCGUAUCGGCACUUUGUGAUGACGACGAGCCCCGCAACGUCAGAGAAUGGGAUUACGAAAUGCCCCAAAUGGGCCACGGUGCGCAUGUUUCCGGAUUUGCCCAAUAUGCUCAGCGUGUUUCAUCAAUUGCUCAGGGAGUCCAAUCGUCAUUCGACACUUUUUGUUCAUGUGGUCGCCAUUAAGCAUAUAGCCAAAUGCCCGCCAGACUAUGUCCUAAAGCCAAUGCCACCGAAUAUUGUUCCCAAUUUGAAGCCGCUAAAUGCAACUAUUAGUUUUCCCCAGAAGCUGAGCAACGCGGAGCAACUGCUGGCCGAGGACAGCGACUAUGAGCCGGAUGUGUCCAAUGACCCGGAAGACGCAACUGAUGUGGAGAGUUUUACGCUAAUCAAUAGUGACCUAAAGAACAUUGAAGUGAAGGUGGAGGUGCUAAAAUCUUCGCGAGCCAAGUAUGACAUUCACAAGGAAUUUUCUGCGCUCAGCAAGCCGACAAAAGCAACUCAAAUCACAACUAAAGUCAAAGACUAUGUAAAGGACAAUAAGACCACAAAUAGAUUGAACUGUUUGCGCAGGAAACAUUGCACUGUUGAUCCCAACAAAAAUGGAACUGCAUCUGUCAAACGGAAAGCAGAAUUGAAGUCAACCACAUCAACCGCAACUGCCGUGAAUCCGACAUCAACAACAAGACAACCACACGGAACUGACAAGUUAUCCAAUAUUGAUGCUAAAAUGUGUGCCAUGUAUCAACACCUUCCAAUUGAUCGUAAUAAAAUUGGUGGCUUGGGUCAAUGUUCACGCUGCUCUGCAGGGCAAACCGCUGGCAAUGUGUCUCAGACGAGCUAUCAAUCGGCUCAACAACCAGAUGAGUCACUUGCGAAAGAUUUAAUGCCAGAGAUGAAGUAUCCCGCUUAUAGCAGCAAACCCAAGAAUCUGGCCAUCGUUGGUUCCGAGAGCGGCACCGUGGAGAGUCUGAACCGUUUGCUGGAUGCUGCUUUUGGGGUAACCAAUCGUGUGCUCACCAUGACGCCAUGGGGCAACUAUGUGGUCUUUCGUGUGCCUGGCCACAAGCUGGAUUCGGCGAAUCCCAAUUGGUUUUUCUUAUUCGAUGGCUGCACUUGCAAAAUUGAUUGCUUCAGGCACUUGGAUCUGAGCAAAGGCACCGACGGCCUACUACCCUUCAAGAGCCAAUCGAAUUUGGUCUCCUUCAUGAUUGAUUCCCGGGAGACGAGAGCCUUGGCAUUGCUGCGCAGUCGAUUGGAGCAGCCUAGUCGCGGCACUUAAGAGCUUCGAUUUUAAUAUUUUAUAUAUGUUAGACGGUAUUCGGUUAUUAUAA